AACUUUCCCUUCCAUUCACCUUCCGCCAUUUCGUUGACCUCGGCAUUCGACAGCUGGAACAUUGUUGAGCCCUUCCCAUUCGAAGUUUUCUUCAUUGUAUUCCCAUUUCCUGAAUUUAUUGGAUGAGAAUAAGGGCGGUGGUUGACUCUCCUGCUCUGGUGACAUGUGCAGGCACGCCUGCAAUCCCCCAGUUUGACCAAUGAGUCCGUCGUCAUUGUUCACCAACGAAGAAUCUCCCUUGUCAACCCCCACGAUCGCAAAAUGGAGGAUAAGGUAGAGGAAACUAUAACGAGCAGUGCUGGAGGGGAAUCUGCCGUAGAAGGGAGAGAUGCGGUCGCCAAAGAUCUAGUAGCUCCAGCAGCAGACCUACCAGCCAUGUCUGCCCCGAGUCUCGCGCCGAGCUCAACAGAUUCUGCCGCGCAUCGCCCUUAUGUGCCACAGUUCUCUGCUGCUACUCAGUUGAUUUUGUCACGCAUCAACAGCAAACCUGGCAGUUUGUCAGCGGCGCUUUCAUCGGCGUCAUCCAUAGCAAAGAGCAUCGAGAAGUCUACCUUCGAGGACGCUAAGCGACGACUCGUCAUGAACAUGAACACUUCGCUCACGAUGCCCAUGCCCACACCGACGCCAAAACUUGGACAGUCUAUUUCUACAGGUAAUGCUUUUCAGCCUAGGACGCCGACCGCCGCCAUUUCCACCAUGGGAACAGCGAAGUCUAUGACCACCAAGACUGUCAUCUCAAAGCCUGUCUCUAAGUCGUCAGCAGCUCAAAAGACACUGCUAUCGAAGCAAAAGGGGAAGGCGGCACGAGGAACGAAGCGCAAGCGUGGCAAAGAUAGCCUGGACACGUCAUCGAGUCUAUCAGAGCUAUCUGACAGCAACAGCGACACAGGCGCAAAGGCGCAAAUCGCCUCCACUAUGACUAAGUCAGGCCGUCAAGUGCAAAAACCAACGCAAUUCAACCCAGCAGAUUCAGCGAAUGCCCAGAAGCGGAAACACUAUGGAAAGCGUACUGCGGAACAGGCCCUCUGCAAGGUAUGCACAAGGGGUCUCAGUCCGGCUAUGAACCAGAUCGUCUUCUGCGACGGCUGCAAUUUCUGCUGGCAUCAGAUGUGCCACGAUCCCUACAUCGACGAUGACUUCGUUAGUGACGAGGCUCGAUCAUGGUUUUGUGGCCGCUGCAUGUCGAAACGGGAGAAGGCAUUAGCCAAGAAGAAGACGUUAAAUGAGUAUAAGGGAGUUAGUUGGGCAUCCAAGAGUGCAGACCAGAGACGGAAGUAUCUCACCGACAUCCCACAUGCUCAAUUGGUCAACAUCAUCAUGUACAGCACAGAAUUACACCCAGAUCUUCCCAUCUUCCCCGGCCAGGAGCCGGGGUCAUCCGCCAAGCAUGUCAAGUCGAGUGGUCCGGUGAAAUUUGACAGCAGAGUCUCGACGCCGGAUACAAAGGCCUCAGACGCGGGCACGAAAUCGAACACGAAGAGAAAGAGCUCUACCGAGGCUCAGGGCCAGGUAGAGCGCGAAUCAUCAGUCGAUUCGAUUCCACCCGCUUGGCCGAAAGUUGGGCGCGGCGUUCUCGCCGGACUAGAUGUGAACGAGGACGAUCUGCGUGACAAGAAUGAUUUUGAGGCGUUUAGUGUUACUUCCUAUGAUGGCAAGGGCAGGAAGGUGAUGGAAAACGGCAUGUCCGUUUGAAGCUAUGGAGAGGAAUCGAGGAUGUCAGCCUUGCACUUCCUUCACGCAUCACUACUGAGAGCGCCAUAUACAGCUCUUUUGCCGCCCAUUUUACAUGGAGGUUGUCAUUCAUUGAUUGGCGCUCAGUACUUGCGUCCCUUUCGCCUAGGAGCAAUCAGCGGUUUUUUCAUUGUCUUCAUCUAUUAUUUUUCCCGUUGGGGGGUGGUGAGAGUCGGCAUUGAUACCUCUCGUGUAGUAUACGAGUUGCUUUUGCACAAUACCCAAAAUUCAUUCA